AUGGUGAAUGCAAUGACACAAAAAUCAGUCAAAAAGUAUUUUGAUGUUGCCGUCACUUUCACUGCCGACCAGUUUUGUGGUAUAUAUCGAGAGGGCAAACAAUACCACUCGCCCGACUAUGAGGAAGUCUUGAAGAGAGCAAAAGAAUAUGAUUGUGAAAGGGUCUUAUUGACUACCAUGUCAAGUAGCGAUGCGGAGAAAAACCUCGAGCUCGUGAGAAAAUUCCCCGAUAUGUGCAAAAUGACGCUUGGGGUGCAUCCAUACCAUGUGGCUGAGAUAUAUGACGGAAAUGGUUCCGACGAUAGCUCAAACUCGUACCUUGAAUCGCUGCAAAAGAUGGGAGAAGCCCUCCUGGCGGAGCAAAAUUCGCCGCUCGCAGCAUUCGGCGAGAUUGGCCUCGAUUAUGUCUAUCUUGAUCGCGCAGAUAAAGAAACUCAACAACGAGCGUUUCGAGAUCAAUUGGAACUGGCCACGAAACUCCAGCUUCCUCUUUUCUUGCAUGUGCGCGAAUCCACAGAAGACUUUAUCUCUAUCAUCAAACCUUACCUUUCACAAUUGCCUCGGCGUGGCUUGGUUCACUCCUUCGCUGGUUCUAAGGAUGAAAUGCUCCAACUUGUGGAGCUAGGUCUUGAUGUUAGUGUGAAUGGUAUAUCAUUUCGCACAGAAGAACAACUGGAGAUGGUCAAGCAUAUCCCCUUGGAAAGAUUGCAACUUGAAACGGAUGCUCCCUGGUGUGAAAUCUUGGGCACGGAUCCGAAAAUUGCGCCUUAUUUGGCAUCAGCAAGACCCUUACCACCCAGUCGAAAGCCUAACAAGUUUGUACUCGGGCAAAUGGUCAAAGCUCGUAAUGAAAGCUGCACCAUGGAACGAGUCGGUCUUGUAGUUGCGGGUCUCAAAGGGGCUACCAUUGAUCAAAUUGCGGAGACAGCUUGGAAUAAUAGUUGUCGCAUGUUUUGGUAA